UCGUAUCGGGUAGUUUUACCGAACCAUCUCUCUCUUCGCCUAGCGUGUAUGUAGCCAAGCUACGCUAGCGUCUGAAGCGGUGGAAGGAAAGACGAACGAAGCUACAGCUGCCGAGGUCCCCGUUCCCGCCCACCGAGGCGUCGCGCAUGCGGCCACCCGCACCCAGGCACUGGCCCGGGGGAGCGAGGCGUGGAGGCGGAGCAAUGGCGGGCGGUCUGGACCGAUCCGUGCAACUGUAGGCGCGGCGCGGGGGGUGUUGGCUGGUGCGUGAUGGGAUCUGGGAGCAGCAAGGCAACCACCUCCUCCACGUCGCCCACGGCGGCGGAGGCGGGCGGCGAGGGUAAGAGGCCAAAUGGUAGCGAGAAGGCGAGGAGGGGGAGGAGCCUGCUGCCGCUGCCGAGUUCCUCCUGCUUCCGUGGCUCCACGACGCCUUGCGAUUGCGACGUUUCCGCAGUGGCGGUGGACGUCGAGUGUAACAAGGGAGGGGAGACUGCAAGCCUACCUUCACUCACUCACACUACAAAAUCUGAUGAAGAUGUUCUUGCAACGCCUAAGUCUCAUCCCGGUGAAGAGAUAACACUACCUUCAUCAGAUAGGGAAAGAGAUCAAGAUGAUGGCGUGCUACAGAAUGCUGCUGCCACUAACACUUUAACAGCAGCCAGUCAAUUGACAGAUCCUUCUGGGAGGUCAAGGCCACGUUUUGGUGUCAACUUUGGGUUGAGUAGAGCUGUCAGCUUGGGAUCAUCAGUAGCCUGCUCUAUUCUGUCAUCUGGCCUCCCGACUUCUGCUAACCCAGGUGAAGGUCGGGGUGAUGUGGAUGACUCUUCUGAUACAGUCAUCUCCCAGCAGGGUAGUGCACCAACUGCUGGGAUUGAUUCGACUCUAGACAUGCUUAGAGAUAGUGUCACGGCACAAGCUAGAGCAGCUCGUCAGGCUAGAAGAAAUCUGCAAGAAUCUGAAGAUGCUAUCUUGAGGAACUCCUACAGAAGGAUGGGAUCUCAGGAACCUUUUGAAGGCAGUGUUCGGUUUAGCCGAACAUUAAGUGUUGGGCGGCUUCGGGACAGAGUCCUCAAACGGCCUCCAUUCUCAGAUGGGUUAUUCACCCCUGCCCUUCUUUACGAUAGGGCGGUAUGGUUGUCUGGAAAUGCUAGUGCUAGGCAAGAUUCAGCAGUAAUGCAAAGGACUAAUUCAGACAGGAGUUCAGAAUCGCGCUCUGAUCCUUCAACCAAUGGUCUGUACAACUUGAGCUCUGAGAGGCAGGCCAGUAAUAGUGACCUACUGGAGCGUAGAUCAGUUUUUCUUGAGAGGAGGCGGAGGAUACGGUCUCAGGUCAGAGCUCUGCAAAGGUUGGGCAGCAGGUUUGAAAAUUUAUCUGGUCAUGAGAGGUCCUGCAUACUAUCUGGUCAGCAUAGAACAGGAACUUGCAACUGCAGAACAGGUAGUCGACAAGGCAAUCCUGAUGAAGAAACUAGCACAAGGGCUAGCAUAUCAAGAAUUGUUAUGUUAGCAGAAGCACUAUUUGAGGUUCUGGAUGAAAUUCACCACCAAUCUGCUGCGUUAUCGUCAUCAAGACCAGCGUUUUCUUCAAUUGGAUCUGUUCCUGCUCCAAGGGAGAUUGUUGAGCGUCUUCCUGCAAAAGUGUAUAGGAGACCAUUGAAAUACCACAGUGAGGAAGCUGCACAAUGCUAUAUUUGCCUUGUUGAAUAUGAAGAGGGAGAUUGUCUUCGUAUACUUCCAUGCCAUCAUGAAUUUCAUCUAACAUGUGUAGAUAAAUGGUUAAAGGAGAUUCACAGGGUUUGUCCACUUUGUCGUGGCGAUGUCUGCAGAUCUGAUGCACUGAUUGGAAAGGUCAGCUGAUUCUGUCUCUUGAGAAUGCAGCUUCCUACAGAGAAAAGUGGAGCUCUUUCCAUGGUUCUAAUUCCGAUACAACCUACAAAACUAUUGCACAGGAUGCUCCUGUAUUGUAUGGAAAAUUCGCAUUGAAACUGGUCACACGCUAUUGUGAAUUUAAGACUCUUGUAUGGUGGGGCGAGUUUGUUGAUAUUGGAUUGUUGCCUUCCGUUUCCUUA